AUGGUGGACAAGCCGAGCCGGGCGCUGGUGUUGUACGCCGCCGGCCAUGCGGCGCUGCUCGCUGGGGGCGGAGGGGGGAAGGUCCAGCUCGACGCGUUCGCCUCCAUAGCCUCAUGCGGCUUCCUCUCCGUCCGCACCCUCGCGGUCAACGGUGAAUUAUGCAGCGGACCGCGUUUGGAGAUGCCGAUAUGUGCAAAGAGAGAUGGAGGAACUGAGGAUUUUGCCGCGCAGUCAGGUUCUGGCAGCAGUUCUAAGGACACUAGAAUAAUCGACCGGGCGUUCACUCUGCUGGGAUUUGCAGAGAGGAAUGUCCAGGAUGCGUCCGAAUUUGAUCUGGUGUUUGUGCAUGCCGUAAUGGAGAACACAGCCAGCAAGCUUGGGAAAUUAGGGAUGAAGACGAAUCUCAACCGGCUUGACAAAUUGGUGGCUUCAGUCAUGGAAGCUGCGCCGGUCGGUUCAGCUGUCGCUGCCCGUAUUCAUGUUUCUGUUAUCUUGAGCUAUGGAUCUGCUACUGCAAAUAAGGAAGAGGCAUGCCUCAUCUUGAACUCUUCAACCGAAACUGAUUCCGACUUGAAGUCACUCCGUCCACAAAUAACUUUAUUAUGCAUAUCCUGCAGGAAUCAUCAUCCAAUGCUACUGGCACAGUGGCAACAAGGAGUAACACGUUCUGAUUUGGCCAAGGAGUUAUCUUUUGAGGAAUUUAUAAAGGCUUGUGGUGGCGACACUGACGGUCGUCGAGAGAUUCGUGGACUGGAUGGUGUCGUGGCUGCCGAUGGAUUCCUUCGUCCACUGGUGGUGAGGCACGAGCACGACAUCGAUCGAGGCCUGCUGGAGCUGAGGGUCAGGGCGAGGGACGUGACGGCAUCACAACUCAAGGCGGUGGCCGCCGUUGGUCAGGUGUGGCUCGCAAGGUUGCUCGAUGUGUUUCAUCGCAGCUGCAGGCCACAUGAUCAGGCCGGGCAGGCUUUGCACAUUGACUAG